GCCGGGGAGCUUCUCAUGCCCCGUGGCCAGCAACUCGUGGAUGCAACGGAACAUGAUCUGGGUCUCAUCAGAGACAAGACGUCGCGUCAUGCGUCGCUUCUUGGAAUGAUGGAUCCUCUUUUCGAAGAGCGCACAUUUGUUCCUGCGACCGAAGCGUUGGAACAUUCGAUCGGAGCGUCGUGUACGUAAUUAUCUUGACAUUUGCAGCCGAGCUCGGCUCUGGCAGAUGAUGGCGUGAGGGAGGGUUGAAUUUUUCGGAACGGUGCUAUGGAUUCAUGGAGAUUGACUCUGAGCCGGAGGUGACAGUGGAGUGGAUUUCUUUGAGAUCACAUCCCUCCGGAGUACUCUGUCUGCUGAUCACAGUGGGAAUGGUAAACUCCUACAGGCUCUGACUGGGGAAAGUCGGUCGACUUUGUUCGCGUUCGAAAAAAUUGAUAAGAUUUGGAGUAGUACGAGGCCUUGUGCUCGAGGAUCACCGAGGAUCAGUUCCCGGUGACUGUGAGUGAGCUGGGGUUUCUCUGUAACCACAACCGCUUUUUGUCUCGAUCUUUGCAGAUCGACAUUGCUCUUUCCUUUGUCUACCGUGACUUCACUCAUUCACCCGCAGGAAUUAUCUCAAGGUAACUGCAAUGUUGUUCGGAGAUUCCAGACCUUGGCUCGCGUUGCGGCCGCAGGCCACGAAACACCUCUCUCCUGCACGUUUGGCUUACGAUGAUACAAGCUUUCGUGCAUGGUGGGGCAGAGCAGUUCCUAUCGUGCAUGUUCAUUACAAAAUCAUGUGCAUGUCCGCUCAUGUUUUCGUUGACAGGGUAGCACGAAGUCGGGUAAGGAACUCUAGGGUAGCAAGAGCUGGUUGCCACAAGGCACCUCAUAGCUUGAAAUAUGCUUGACCUUGCGGACGGGGAUAAGAGACACGAUGACGAGUCUCGACCCCGUGACAGACUACACAAUGCUCGGCAGAAAACUACAGCACUUAACAACCGGGGUUUGAUUCUGGUCGCGGCCUGUGGUCAAGCUCCGAAGAAGACGAUCCUAAUCUAGAGGAAAGUAAGACUAGGAGAAUCCUCUAGAGCAAGUGGCGAUCGUCACAGCGUUCAUCCGAGC